UUUCUCAAUUAUUUAAUAGAAUACUGCCAUUCACAUAUGAAUUGUUGCUUAUCUGGGUGGAAAAUUAAUCAUUUUUAAUUUAAGAACGAUUUUAAAAAUAAAUUUGCUCAGCUCAAUCAGAGGAUUCAUUUUACAUCACUAGCAAAAGCCAACAAAUUCUAAUAGUCAUUUUGUUUUUAAAAUGGGUGAAUCAAAAGAAUUUGACCAAUCCAUCCCUAUCUCUGACGGUACUGCAAAUGAGCACCCGGUGCUACAAACAUUCCAAAUAAUUGAUCUCGAUGGUUGCUUAAAUUUUAAGGAAUUCAUCGAAUUUACUGCAUUUAAUAUAAAUGGUGAAUGUGACCAUUCAAAAGCCAUUUCGGAGUUUCUUUGCUACAUCAGCCAGAAUCAACACGGCUUUAUUAGAUUUAAUCAACUCAUAAAUGUGGCUUGGAUGUUGGGCGGAGAUAUAACCGAUGAACAAAUCGGUGAAAUUAUCAAAUUCUUUAUGAAUCCGAACAGUGAUGAAGAUUUCGAUUACGAAGAACUAAUCAAAACUCUAAAAAUAAACAACGAUUAAUUUAUAAUCAAUAUUCGAAACCGUAUCAAAAACUUAACUGAUAUUCUUAAAGCUGUUUUAAAG